GCUCGUGGUGGAAUCAGCAAAACGCGUCCGUCAAAAGACAAAUGCCAUGAAAAACAUCGAAAAUUUGUUAGCAAGGAUCGCAGAAUCCAACACAACACAGCAGAGGAGGAGAGAGAAGACGAGAAAGUGAAGGAAAAUAAGGGAAAAUCACGGAAAACAUUUGUUAUUCUCAUUUGGGUUUGCGGUGGUUCGAUAGAGGGAACGGAACGACAGCAACUUCUCCCUAUAACAAUGAAUGCGAAACCCAAGCGGAGAACUGUUACAGAGAACGGAGAUACAGGAGAGGACUUGGUCCUCGCCACUUUGAUUGGGAAUGGAGAGGAUUUGGGCCCAAUUGUCAGACAUGCUUUCGAAAUGGGGCGGCCUGAACCCCUUCUUCUCCAGCUUAAGAAUGUUGUGAAGAAGAAGGAAGUUGAAAUUGAGGACCUCUGCAGGGUACAUUAUGAGGAGUUCAUUCUUGCAGUUGAUGAGCUCCGUGGUGUCUUGGUUGAUGCUGAAGAGCUGAAAAGUGAGCUUUCAAGUGAUAAUUUUAAGUUGCAAGAGGUUGGAAGUGCACUUUUGUUGAAACUCGAGGAGCUUCUUGAAUCGUAUUCAAUCAAGAAGAACGUGACUGAAGCCAUAAAAAUGUCAAAGAUCUGUGUUCAAGUGUUGGAUCUUUGUGUGAAGUGUAACAAUCACAUUUCUGAAGGACAAUUUUAUCCUGCUUUGAAGACCGUAGAUCUCAUUGAGAAGAAUUUCCUGCAAAAUGUUCCCCUCAAGGCACUCAGAGUGAUAAUAGAGAAGAGAAUACCAGUAAUAAAAUCACAUAUUGAGAAGAAAGUAUGUUCUCAGUUUAAUGAAUGGCUAGUUCAAGUAAGAAGUUCUGCAAAGGAUAUUGGGCAAACUGCAAUUGCACGUGCUGUGUCAACCCGUCAGAGGGAUGAGGAUAUGCUGGCUCGUCAGAGGGAAGCCGAGGAUCAGGGUCAUUCAGGUUUCGAAGAUUUUGCAUAUACUUUAGAUGUUGAAGAGAUUGAUGAGGAUUCUAUUCUGAAGUUUGAUCUUACACCUCUUUACCGAACAUAUCACAUUCAUACUUGCCUUGGCAUCCAAGAGCAGUUUCGUGAAUAUUACUAUAAGAAUCGGUUGUUGCAGCUCAAUUCAGACUUGCAGAUCUCGCCAACACUACCAUUUCUGGAGUCCCAUCAGACAUUUUUAGCACAAAUUGCUGGGUAUUUUAUAGUGGAGGAUCGGGUUUUGAGAACAGCUGGAGGGCUAUUGUUACCUAAUCAGGUUGAGAUAAUGUGGGAAACAGCAGUAUCUAAAAUGACUGCAAUGUUAGGAGAACAGUUUUCUCACAUGGAUUCUGCAACCAACCUUCUUAUGAUAAAGGACUAUGUUACUCUGCUUGGGGCAACUCUUAGACACUAUGGGUAUGAAGUGAGCCCACUGCUUGAGGCUCUCGACAAUGGCUGGGAAAGAUUUCAUGUGCUUCUUUUGGAUGAGUGUAGGCAACAAAUCGUUGAUGUCCUUGCCAAUGACACCUAUGAGCAGAUGGUACUGAAAAAGGAGUCUGACUACAAUAUGAAUGUUCUAUCAUUUCAUCUCCAAACCUCGGAUAUAAUGCCUGCUUUCCCAUACUUUGCACCAUUCUCCUCCAUGGUACCUGAUGUUUGCCGCAUCAUCAGGUCAUUCAUCAAGGAUUCUGUCAGUUACUUGUCUUAUGGGGGCCACAUGAAUUUCUAUGAUAUUGUGAAGAAGUAUUUGGACAAGCUCUUGAUUGAUGUUUUUAAUGAAGCUAUACUUAAAACAAUUAACAGUGGCACCACUGGUGUCUCUCAAGCCAUGCAGAUUGCUGCAAACAUAGCUGUCCUUGAAAAGGCUUGUGAUUUUUUUCUUCGUCAUGCAGCUCAACAAUGUGGGAUCCCAAGCAGAUCAGUUGAGAGGCCUCAGGCUAGUUUAAUGGCCAAGGUAGUUCUCAAAACUUCAAGGGAUGCUGCUUAUCUUGCUUUGCUAACCUUGGUGGACUCCAAGUUAGACGAGUUUAUGAAGCUUACAGAAAAUAUCAAUUGGACUACAGACGACGUGAGCGAAAAUGGAAAUGAGUACAUGAAUGAAGUUAUCAUUUAUCUCGACACUAUUAUGUCCACAGCGCAGCAAAUUUUACCUUUGGAUGCUUUGUACAAGGUUGGGAAUGGUGCUCUUGAGCAUAUUUCAAGUUCUAUUGUGGCAGCUUUUCUUAAUGAUAGUGUAAAGAGGUUCAAUGCGAAUGCAGUUAUGAAGAUCAACUAUGAUCUAAAGAGGUUAGAAUCUUUCGCAGACGAGAAGUAUCACACUACUGGCUUGAGUGAAAUACACAAGGAAGGUAGUUUCAGAGGCUGCUUGAUAGAAGCCCGACAAUUGAUAAACCUUCUUGUGAGCAGUCAGCCAGAGAACUUCAUGAAUCCUGUCAUAAGGGAGAGAAACUACAACACUUUGGAUUAUAAGAAGGUAGCCAGUAUCUGUGAGAAAUUCAAGGAUUCCCCUGAUGGGAUAUUUGGAAGCCUUUCAAGCAGAAAUACAAAGCAAAGUGCUCGAAAGAAAUCAAUGGACGUGUUAAAAAGAAGGUUGAAGGAUUUAAACUGAGAAGGCUUGAAAACCUGUCUUCACCAAAUAUAGCUUAGCCUUCUGUUUUUUUUUUUGUUCAGGAUGAAAGAGUUCUUCUAUUCUCCUGCUGAUUUAUUAUCCUGGAAUAAUUUUUUUUAGUAUUGCUUUGCCCUUGAAUUGAUAAUUUGUCCCCCUCCCAUAAGAGCGGUGUUGCUUCUGCAUUUAAUUUU